CGCAUACAGCACGGACGAGCGCAGAACAAAAAGACAUUUCUCAAACCAUUGCAACGCGUCACACCCUGUGCAUGGUGAGCAGAAAACAUAAUUUCCAAGAGCUUUAAAUCUACGAAAAAGGUCAUUUAAAGUGAACAAAACAUUGCCAAAGGUGUCACCAUUCGCCCAAGAUCCGUGUUGAACAGUGGGCAGUGCAGUGCGUUGGCCAAACGGGGGAAAUAAAUUGGACGAAAAGUUCCAGUGCGCGUGUGCGUGUAUGUGUGUGAAAAAGCAUAAAGCAAGCAGGCAAGCAUACAGCAGAGUGCCUCUGGAGGGUGACUAAUCUGCUGUGAAUUCUGCUGCUACAUUUUGUGGAACACGGUGAACGGACAAACAAAAAGCGUCGCUGCCUUUGCUGUGUGAUUCCGAAAAGCUGACGGACAAAGGCUGUGCCGUCUCGUUGCUAGGUUGGCCGCGCGAGCAGCGAGUGUGUGACUUUUGUAAGUGAAAUUGUAACCGCGAACAGCAACUUUCUCGCUUGUAACUGCUGCUGGUGGCAGUUCCCCGGGGCACAAUGGAAACGCUAUCGAAUUUCGGCCAAGUGGCACUGAAAUGGGACCCAAAGAAUCUCGAAAUACGCACGAUGUCGGUGGAAAAGACGCUCGAGCCGCUGGUACUACAGGUCACCACGCUCGUCAGUACGAAGGGGCCGAGCAAAAAGAAAAAGGGCAAAUCGAAACGCGCAAGUGCGUUAGUUGCCGCCGUCGAAAAGGCCACCGACAUUUUCAUCGAGCGCGGCGAACAGAUUGCCUAUGAAAAUCCGGACAUCACGCAGGAGAUGCUGUCCGCGGUGGAGGAAGUUCGCAAAACGGGGUCCGCCAUGAGCAUUGCAGCGCGUGAAUUUUCCGAAGACCCGUGCAGCUCUCUGAAGCGCGGAAAUAUGGUCCGCGCUGCCAGGAACCUUCUGUCCGCCGUGACGCGUCUGCUCAUCCUAGCCGAUAUGGUCGAUGUGCAUCUGCUGCUCAAGUCGCUGCACGUCGUCGAGGACGAUCUUGACAAGCUGCGAAACGCAUCGUCCCAGGACGAGCUGAUGAACAACAUGCGCCAGUUUGGCCGUAAUGCAAACGAGCUUAUCAAGCAGGCCGCCAAACGGCAGCAGGAGCUGAAGGAUCCGCAGCUGCGUGAUGAUCUGGCAGCGGCCCGGGCUGUGCUGAAGAAACACUCCACCAUGCUGCUGACGGCGUCGAAGGUGUACGUACGCCACCCGGAACUCGAUUUGGCCAAGGUGAACCGGGACCACAUACUGAAGCAGGUGUGCGAAGCGGUCAACACGAUUAGCGAUGUGGCACAGGGCAAAUCGUCUCAGCCGCAGGACGUGUACGUUGGGGCUGGUGAGUUGGCGGCAGCGCUAGACGAUUUCGACGAGGGCAUUAUUAUGGACCCACGGGCAUACAACGAAGUACGCUCCAGACCAUCGCUCGAGGAGCGGCUGGAGAGCAUUAUCAGUGCGGCGGCACUGAUGGCCGACGCGGACUGCACCCGGGACGAGCGGCGUGAGCGCAUCGUUGGUGAAUGUAACGCUGUCCGACAAGCGCUGCAGGAUCUGCUGUCGGAGUACAUGUCGAACAUGGGAACGAAAGAUCGCACACCCGAGCUGGAACGCGCCAUCGGGCACAUGUAUCGGAAAACGAAGGACUUGCGCCGACAGCUACGCAAAGCCGUUGUCGAUCAUGUUUCGGAUUCGUUCCUGGAAACGAACAUGCCCCUGCUGGAUCUGAUCGAAGCGGCACGCGGCGGCAAUGAGAAGGUGGUCCGCGAACGGGCCGACAUUUUUACCAAGCACGCGGAAAAGCUGGUCGAAGUGGCAAACCUCGUGUGCAGCAUGUCGAACAACGAGGACGGCGUGAAGAUGGUACGAUACGCCGCGGACCAGAUCGAAACACUCUGCCCGCAGGUAAUCAAUGCGGCCCUGAUACUGGCCGCACGACCCAACUCGAAGGUGGCGCAAGAAAACAUGGAAGCGUACCGUCAGGCCUGGGAGAACCAGGUGCGCAUCUUGACCGAGGCCGUCGAUGACAUUACCACGAUCGAUGAUUUCCUGGCCGUGUCGGAAAACCACAUCCUGGAGGACGUGAACAAGUGUGUGCUGGCGCUGCAGGAAGGCGAUGCACUGGAUCUGCGCAACACGGCUGGCGCCAUCCAGGGACGCUCGGCACGCGUUUGCAACGUGGUGGAGGCCGAGAUGGACAAUUACGAACCGUGCAUCUACACCAAGCGCGUACUGGAAGCGGUAAAGGUGCUGCGCGAACAGGUGAUGUCCAAGUUUGCGCAGCGUGUCGAUGUGGCCGUCGAUGCGCUGUCCUCCAACUCGCCAAAGGAUGUGGACGAGAACGACUUCAUCGACGCGUCCCGUCUCGUGUACGAUGGUGUGCGUGAAAUUCGUCGAGCCGUGCUGAUGAACCGGGACGAAGAAGAUUUGGAUCCAGAAGAUAUUGAAGAUGAACAGUACACGCUCGAGACUAGGAGCAAAUCGAGCGCACAUACCGGAGAUCAAACGAUUGAUGAGUAUCCUGAAAUUAGUGGAAUCACAACCGCUAGAGAAGCAAUGCGAAAGAUGAACGAGGAGGACAAGCAGAAGAUUAUGCAGCAGGUUGAACUGUUCCGUCGCGAGAAACUGACCUUCGAUUCGGAGGUCGCGAAGUGGGACGACACCGGCAACGAUAUCAUCUAUCUGGCCAAGCACAUGUGCAUGAUCAUGAUGGAGAUGACGGACUUUACGCGAGGCCGUGGCCCACUGAAAACGACGAUGGACGUUAUUAAUGCGGCGAAGAAAAUCUCCGAAGCCGGCACCAAGCUGGACAAGCUGACGCGCGAAAUCGCCGAUCAGUGCCCGGAAAGCUCGACCAAGAAGGAUCUGCUCGCGUAUCUGCAGCGCAUCGCCCUGUACUGUCACCAGAUUCAGAUCACCUCCAAGGUGAAAGCCGAUGUGCAGAACAUUAGCGGUGAACUGAUCGUGUCAGGGGUAAUGCUGGACAGUGCGACCUCGCUGAUACAGGCCGCUAAGAAUCUGAUGAAUGCCGUCGUGUACACGGUCAAGUAUUCGUACGUCGCGUCGACAAAGUACACGCGACAGGGCACGGUUUCGAAUUACUCACCGAUCGUCGUGUGGAAGAUGAAGGCACCGGAAAAGAAGCCACUGGUGCGGCCCGAAAAACCGGAAGAGGUGCGUGCCAAGGUGCGGCGUGCGUCGCAAAAGAAAACACAAAACCCGGUGCAUGCACUUUCGGAAUUCCAAAGCCCUACGGAUGCUGUCUAAACGGUUUGCUUCGAAACACACACACAAUUCCUUCCUCCGUAGAAGGAAAACGUAAGAAAAGACAGGUGAGCAGAAGAAGGAGAACAGGUCGGCAAGGUAGGCAAGUGUUGGAACGGACUAAUGGCGUGGUCAGGCCCAUGAUGUGGCUCCUGGCGGGAAAAGAAUAGAAAGCGGAAAUGAAAAUUGUGGAAGAAGUUAGAGAUAAUAGUGUACACAAAGGACUAGUGUACGCAGGUUGGGCCGGACAUGACGAAACAACGUGCGGUUGUUUGGUUUAAAUGGGAUGAUCCAAUGGUAAUGGACCUCUGAUGCACAAGCACAUUCGAAUCGGAAGGCUUUAUGGCGCUUUUCCCACAUCGCUAAUCAAAAAUUGUUCAACGAAUACAAGUAGAGGGCGAUAGAUUCCAAGACAUUUUUUAAACAAACAACCAGCUUCUCGACAUUCGACUAUUUUCGACUAUAUAUUUAUGAUACAUGGUUUUUAUUGCACGUUAUUUAUUAUUCCCCAUUUUUUGUUAAACUCUCUAACGCAAGAAGAAUUUUACGUAAAAAUCAAUGUCUUCUACUGCGUAACCGACGUGCAUCCAAGCAUCGAAAUUCGAACGCAUUUGCAAGCAAUCAACUGCCUCCCCACCUGCAAAGGUCGAAAAUAUGUCACCCCUCUUUUAUUAGCGUUUAAGACAGAGUAAUAAUCAGUAUCAGUAUUGAUCAUUUCGUUCCAACUCCCCGACAAAAAAAAACCCAUAAUUAGGUCGCUGCAAACGAAAAUGAUAGAAUCUGCAAACACAGGGAAACGUCGAAGGUGUUGCGUGUAGCGCGCAAUUGGUAUGGCCAAAAACGAAACUAGGAGUUAAAGUAAAUUGUUCGCGGUAGAACAAAUAUUCUAAUCAUCGAAUGAUGUGACUCUCUCUCUCUCUCUUAGUCGCUUUCUUCAGGUUUGUAGAGAAAUCGGGUUGAAGUGUGUGGAGGACAGUAGCAGCUGCAAUGCUCAAAUAGCAGCUUCGGUAGACCCUCAACCAGGCUAGUGGAAUUUAAUGUUGUAUAUUGAAACGGCAGCAGUCGAUCAUCGGAAGCGUAUUUUCUUGCAAUCGCUCGCAUUUGAUCGUAUUUGAAUGUUUUAGGGAAAAGCCACCAGCUACCACACCAACAAUUACACACCUCAAGGUAGUAAACGUUCCAAACACGCUGUUGUGUAGCCGUAGUAAGUCUGCCGGCACGCUCUAGCGAUUCCACAUAUAUACAGUUACAUACACUCCUAAUGCUAUAAUAUAUACAAACACACACACAUAUAUAUAUAUACGCUCCGGUAAGGUAGCAAUAACUAAGUGGGGGCAACCGGAGGGGAUUUUAACAAACCACAAGAUCAUUUGUACACGUACACACACACACGAGCACACUAGCGGCGUUAGUAUUAAUGUUACUGUUACUGUGGUUGGAUGUGGUAGAAAGGAUUCUUUACACUUAAACAGCUGAAGGCGCACGAGCGACAGUAAGCUUGGAGGGACGGGGAUUUUUUUUAAAGGUUGAAAUGAGUGAAGGAAAUCAUGAACUGCAACAGCAACCAGGUCAAACAAUACUUUAAAGAGGAGGCACGGUGUGUUUAUGCUAACCCCUGACCACGGGGGCAAUAGAAGGAAGCAAGCGGAGAUAGAUCUGUGUGUGCGUGCGCGUGUGUGUAUGAAAUAUAAAAUGUUAGACAACAAAUAA